AUGGCAGCCAGUUCGUCACUUUCAGUAGCUUACAGAAGGUUAGCAGGAAAGGUAGCUCUGAUCACUGGAGGAGCUAGUGGAAUUGGAGAAGCUUCGGCGAAAUUAUUCGGGAAUCAUGGCGCGAAAGUUGUGAUUGCCGACAUCCAAUACAACCUUGGACAAACAUUAAGCAAGAGUUUAGGUUCAUCAAACAGCUUCUACAUUCAUUGUGAUGUAGCCAAUGAGGAUCACAUCGAAGGAGCUGUUGACAAAGCAGUUGCGACUUAUGGAAAACUGGACAUCAUGUUUAACAACACGGGAACUAUCCAUCCUGUUUUAGGCCUAACAAAAAACUUGGCAGUUGAGCUUGGGAAAUACGGCAUUCGGGUCAACUGUGUGUCGCCAUCUGGCGUCGUGACGCCUCUAUCUAAGAGAUUUUUUGGGGAUGAGGGAGGAGAUGUUCUUCAAAAUGCCUUGAAUUCAAGUGCCAAUCUUAAAGGAGUAAUUUGGGAAGCUGAGGAUGUUGCUCAAGCAGCACUUUACUUAGCUAGUGAUGAUGCUAAGUGUGUGAGUGGACAUAAUCUAUGUGUUGAUGGAGGCUACACCAUUUACAACUCUGCCCUCAAUAUACUUUAA